CGCGCCGGCACCGCGGUGUGCCGCGCUUGUACCGGGACGGCCGCUCCCGCCCGGCCGCGGCAGUGCCGCCAGCUUCCUUCAGCCGUGCUGCCCGCGGCCGGGAGCCCCGCCGUGCGCCCGCGCCGCCGGCGGCGCGCUGGCGCCUGGUGAAGAGCUGCGGGGUUUUGCCGUUUAACGUGUGUGUCACGGCCGCGCCGGGCUAGAGGGGCCCGCAGGACCCUCGGGCACGGUGCCGCUUAGAUUUGAGAGCACUUUCGCAUCUCCUCAGGGUGCUUCCAUCUUUCUUCAAUUGGCUCCAACAAGCAUCAUGAGGUUUCUAAGUAGUUUUACCACACCUUUUGAUGCCUCCAAAGAAGAAGUGUACCCACAAGGCCAGGAAGGCAGAGCUGAUUUUCCUUGAGAAACCAUGGGCAGGACCCAUCCAUUGUUAUGAAGCUCCACUGCAUUUGGCUGAGAAUCCCAGACGUGUGCCUACGAAACCUGUAGACCUGAACACCUCUGCUGCCUGGGUAUGCCCACAAUUUGACACAACUAAGGCGGUGGUGUUGAAAGCACGCCAGAAGAAGCAUCGUGGUCCUCAGAAGCCCUAUAAUCAGGAUGCUAACCACAGUUCAUUUCAUGCAGGAGGAGCUUGCCGAGGAGCUGUAGCCUGCAGAUUUCCUCCUUUAACUUUUGAGAAUCCAGAAGGACAUGCAGUCCCUCUCUUGGAUGAUCCAAAUUGCUUGAUAAAGAAUGCACAAUGCUCUCCCACCCAGCCUAGGAAAGGGACAGCGGCAAAUGCCAACAUCCAGGUGAAGAGCCCAGAGAACUGUGGAGAGCUUGUUCCCCAGCCUGUGGAGCAAGAUGUCCUUAGUCCCUCAGAUGCAGAGGCUGUACAGGCUCCUUCCCCAAGGAACGGGAGAUGCAGCAGCACUCUAUCACCAAGUAGUCAUGCCUGGCAUCCAGAAGAAGAGCUGCCAUUUGGUGUUGAUCCGUGCGGGAGAGGGGAGGCGGCAGCAGUACUGGUCACGGAUACCCCCGAGCACGAGUACGGAGUAAAGGUCACCUGGAGACGGCGGCCGCACGUCAUGAGCUACCUGCGGGAGCAAGGCAAGCUGAGCGCUGCGGACAUCCUGGUGAAGGCAAACCUCGAGCUCUCGAGGAGACAGGCCCACAGCUGACCCGGCGGGAGCUGCGUGCGAGGACACGCCCGAACAGAUGGUGUCCCUUAGGGCGCUGAAGAGGGACGCGAUUUCAGCCGGGCCGCGGGGGCGGCUCUUGGCGACGG